CUGAUUCACAAGGAGCUGGAGACAAAAGCUAAGGCAAUUCUUGACCAAAGAAAAACCAAAAAGACUACAGUUGAUACACUGAGAAGAAUGCUGGAGGGCUUACAUGCUCAUUUAAAGACUACUUCCAUUUCUAUCUCUAAAGAAGCAGAAAAUUCGAAGACUCGGACAAAAUUAAGGCGGGUUUUGACUGAAACUAAACGAAAGGCUUUGGAAACGAUUGAAUUAAUUAAUUCUAAGGAUACAACGCUUCCAAUUUCUUACGAGGAUUUCAAUGAAGGUGUCUUUCCUUGGGAAACAGUUCUGGAUCGGGAUGACACGCACUUUCCCACACUUUCCCUUGCCGACAAAUAUAAUAUUGUUGAUUGUUGGAUGCUAUUGAAAAGAGCAAGGGAGGAAAUUACAUUGAGUAAGAAUGAAAUGAUAAACUACAUGCGAUUCCUCAUUGAUAAACGGUCAUCACUACAACAACCAAGUCAAAAACAUACCGGAGAAGACGAGGAGAAAUUUGCGAAAGGGAAAUCCGUCAUGAAAGUUUCUGAAGUUCAUCAUCUUAAUUUAAAAAUUCAAAUGGCUCUAACAACAUUUAAUUUAAAGUGCAACCAGGAUUUUUCAGAUUUCGUAUGUGAAACACAAACAAAUUAUUCUGAACCAGAAUUUGAGUUUGACACAUCUGAUGAAGACAAUUACGAUUCUCUCUCAGAAUCCGAAUAUUCUGAUGAAGAAACAGAAAGCUCAUCUAGCUAUUCGGAAGAUGAUGAAUCUGCAAUAUAA